AUGGACCAUUAUGCAACCUUUCAAGAUGUUUAUGGAACUAUAACGACUGAAGAACAUAGACCAACAUACAUGCAAUCGCAGGCAAAAUCUGAAUUAAUUCCAAAAUCUAUUCUAAUUGCAGAAAAAAUUCGUGAUUAUAUUGAUUGUGAAGAUUGCCGGAAGUGUCACUGUGUGUAUAGUAACAAGUUUUUAACCGAUGAUGAGUUAUAUGACUUUCAACAAACAUUAGAGUUGUAUUCAUAUUCAUGUGGUGCGCCGAUUUUUCCUGAUGAUCAUUAUUUGAAGGAAAUUUGUUACUAUUGCGGAAAUAGUGAUAAUUUGGUAUCUCCAUCUAAAUCUUUAAAAGAAUGUUUUAAGCAGAUUUAUCCGCUGUGCGAAAUUUGUCAGGAAAAUAGGAAUUUUUAUACAAGAGCAGAAAUUAAGACCAAUAAUAGAGCCGCAAAAC